AUGGCAACCGGUGAGAUGCGAUCAAAUCACAGGUUGCUCAGGACGUCAUUGAUUCUGGACCAAGGCGACACACGCACGACUCUCCAUGGAGACUGUCUCAGACUGUGUACUUACAACGCGAGAACAGUUUCCACAGACGCCGACCUGCAUGCCCUUCUCGAAGCUGCAGAGCGUAUCAAAUUUCACAUGAUUGCUCUGCAGGAGACCAAGUGCAGAAGGAGCGACGUACGACAGGUGAAUGACGGUACACUCGUCAUUCGUGGAGAGAAGGUUCCGUCGCGAAAUGUAGGCGGUGUUGGUUUUGUUGUGCACCCAUCUGUCGUCCAUCUUGUCGAUUCUCACAAGAUCCUGUCAUCUCGUCUGGCCAUUCUUCGCCUCCGCCCUCUGCGCAAAAAACCCAUCAGUAUCAUCAACUGCUACUCACCAACAUCAGCAGCUGAUGAACCCGAAUUGGACGCGUUUUACAAGGAGCUGGAGGAAGUAAUCCGCAACGAGAAAUCCUUCUACAAUUUCGUUGUCGGAGACUUCAACGCAAAACUAGGAAAGGCCACAGAAGAAGAAUACAGGAUUGGAAGAUUUGGACUAAGGGACCGGAAUGAAAAUGACAAUCGUCUCGCCGGGCCACUGUGCGUUGCUCGCCUGUUUCAUGGGAACUCUCUUUUCAUGAAAAAAGAUCAUCGUCGGUGGACAUGGGAAUCGCCCAAUGGCACGACUCAUGCGGAGAUCGACCACAUACUCACCAGCCGGAGGUGCUGUCUACUUCACGUCUCAGCAGUACCAUCCUUUUGUAGUGAUUCUGAUCACCCUCUUCUUCGUGCGAAAAUACGACUUAGCCACAAGAUGGAAAAGAACAUCUGCUAUCGGCAACGAAGGACAAAAGGAGUCAUCUUCGACGAUUGCGUACUCGAGGAUUCCUUGUCCCAAGGUGACUGGCAUAUCGAGGAGGACCCAAAAGUGGACUACGAGAUGCUGCUCAGAGGAUUACGAGCCUGUGCUGAGCGUGCCUCGAAGCCGCGCACGACAAACUUGCAUCGAAUUUCGAAGACCACCAAGGAAUUGUUAAAAAGGAGAAGGGCUUUGAGGCUUGAUCCGAAUGCAUCGCACAUUGAGCGGUUAGUAGCAAAUACUAGCUGCAGAAAAGCGUUGCAGGAGAAUCUUUUGAAAUACAAGCAGAAGAAGAUUCUGGAAGCAGCACAAAGAAGAACGAGUCUAAAGAAGUGCCGCAGGGAUCUCCGCGAAUGUAAUAUUCCGCUAGCAGCCUUGGUGAGCGAAGACAGAACUCGCACGUCUUCUCGUGGUGAGAUGGAAAUCAUUACGUAA